AGUCGGUGUCGUUAUCGCGCCCCGUCCUCCGGCUGGCAGAGGUUAUCGCUUCCCCCACCAGCUCCCGCUCGAUACCGAUGCACCAGUAAAGCGAAAAAUACACAACCAAUAACACCGACCGACCACAAAACAAAACAAAUAUAUAUUAAAUAAAGUCGGAUCUCGAUCGGGAUCGCACGCGGAGUCAUCGCGGGUGUGGCUUGUGGCGGCAGUUACGUUUUCGGACACAAUCAGGUGGAGAUGUUAAGCGGGAAGCUUCUGUUUUGCGCGAUAUUACUUGCUGCGUGGCACGAGGCUCACACCGCCAGCCUCCCGUUCGUGCGGCUGCCGCGGCUGGACGACAGCGACGACAACGAGCUACUCGACGACGUGGCGGACGCGCGGCUGCCGGUGGAGAUGCGCGCGCGCGUGCGCGAGGGCGUGCCGCCGCCGCUGUGCGCGGGCCGCUGCGCCUCGCCCCCGCGCGGCCCGGUUUGCGCCUUCGACGCGGCCGGGACGGCGCGCACCUUCGCCACCCUUUGCGAGCUUGAGGCAGUAUCGUGCCGUGAGAGCACCUAUUAUGCUAUCACGAGCCUGGGCGAGUGCUGACUGAAGAGACGGCCUUAAAAGUAGUAUAAGAUUACUUUACCCAAAUUUUUCUUGCAAGAAUAUUAAAUAAAUACCUUUAGUUACUUAUAUCCGCUGCCUACAAAGAAAUCGUAAAAAUGAUAUUACAUUAGAUCGUGUAGCGGGCAUUAAAAGUUUGUUUUAUAUUUUUAAUGACUAAUAAAUAAGGGAGAGAAUUCGUUUAUAAAUUGAGUACACGAUAUCUUUUAAUUAAUGAUAAAAUGUAUAAAACUUAAUGCACAUCACAUGAAAAAUAUCAAAGAAUGCAAUAUUUUCUAAGAAUUACUUAGUGCGUUGCUAGGUAGUAGAAAAGUUCCUAAAUUCCAAAUUGUCAUUAGAAGAUUUUAGAAUAAUCUUUAAAAUGUUUGAAGAUAUAAAUUGGUAUAUCUUAAGAUUUUCUAGUUUCCGUAGUAUUAAGCAGUACCUACAACAUAUGAUUAUUUAUUGUACAAAGUACGAGUUAACCAGUAGGUUAGUUGAGCGACUGAAAUGUUCCAGUCCUAGACGAAUUGCUGUAUUUAUAAAUGUAUCAAGUAAAUAUUUUAAAUAUGAAUAAAGCAUAUAUUUUAUAACAA